AUGCCCACAAUAAUAGCCCUAGAUGUCUCGCUGUCCAUGCAGCGCACCAUACCCGGCCGAAGUGAGGAGAAUGCCAUAACUUACCAUCAAUUGGCGCUGAAGGGAAUAUCACAGCUGUUGGAAUAUUUGUCCAUAUCUAAGCUGGAAUAUGUGGCCCUGCUGACCUAUAGCAGUAGCUGUGAACUCAAAGUGGAUUUCACCCGAGAUUAUGAUCAAAUAAAACAGGUGGUUAAGAAAGUGGAAGCUGUGGACAAACUCUGUCUGAUGACGUUGAUGAAAAAUGUCGGUAGUAUCUUUACGACAAAUUGGGGUACCCAAUCCCAAUGUCAGGUAAUUGCAUUUACCGAUUGUGGUCUGGGUUUUGGCAGUACUUCGCUGAAGACCUUCCUACAGAAUUAUGCCGGCAAGGAAAAUGAACCGGAAUAUGGAUGGGUGAAGGCUAUAAAACCGGUUAAAUGGAAUUUCAUUUGUUUGGGUGUGCAUGCCGAUAAUUAUUUUACCCGGGCGGUGGGCGUGUAUCAGCAGUUGUUAGAUUUAACGGGGGUUAAGGGCCAAUUGUAUAUGACCAAGGCACCCAAGGAUUUGGAAUCCUCAGACACUUCGAUUACGGAAACUUUAAAGAACCCUUUGGGAGGAGGCCACAAAAGUGAGCUGGGCCGCACCGCAAUGUUUGAAAUGAUUGAAAAGUUGUGUGAAACCAAUUACAAACCCUAUGAAGUCUCGCUAAAAUGUGGUGGUUAUUUCCGUUUGGAAUGCCAGGUUAUAUUAUGGCCUCCACCUCUGCCAUAUCAAUCGCCGGAAAAUGAAAAAGCCACACCUGUGUCUUUGGCUUCCAAAUUGGAAAUUUGUGGUUAUUUGUCUCUCUCGGAUAUUGGUUCCCCCUCUUCGUUAAGUCGCCAUUUGAUUAUACCCAAAAUUGAAAGAGAAAAACCCAGUCGAAGAUCCUCCGAUAAAUCGGGAAGUGCCAGUAAAAUAUCCAACGAAAAGACCCCAAAACUUGAUGUCAACAAUGUCAACUAUGAAUAUGAAAAAUUGGAACAGGAUAUACGAGAUUUCUAUACCAAAGAUGUUAAGGAUACGGAAGAAACCUCGGGCCAGAGUACCGACGACGCGGAUAAGAAUUCUUCAACGGGUGCGAAUGCGACCUUAUCGGAAAUGCAAAAGGAGUCAAUGUGUGCCCUAUUACAUGGUGCCCUUAAGGUGGAAAAUCUGGCUGCAUUGGUUUUACUUAACCCCGAAAAUUCGUGGUAUGGCUUCCUCUACUCCUAUGCGGAUAGUAAAAAGAAAUCAAAUUUAAUGUUAAAUAUUUUACCACCGGGUAGUAAUGUCAUACCCUGGUUGGGUGAUUUACAAAUGCUCGGCUUUGCCGAAGAUGUAUUACCGGGAGAGACAGCCUCUUUUCCCGUCAAGGCUGACAAACGUUCAUAUUCGCAAAAUUUUGUCGUAUGGAUAAAUCGUAUUAGCCUGCAAUCGGAUGUACAGAAGGUUCUGCGUCAUGCCAAAAAGAUGCCAGAGAAGACGCAACAUUUCUAUAAGGAAUUAAAUCGUAUAAGACGGGCUGCCUUGUCGAUUGGUUUUAUAGAACUCCUCGAAGCAAUGGCAACCCUAUUCGAUAAAGAGGCAAUCAAUUUAACAGCCUUAAAUGCCAAUCCCGAAUGUAUGGUCCAGCUAAAACAUGCAUCGUUGGAAUUAAGGAAGCCAGCAAAUCGUGAUUUAAAGGUUUCCAUUGUGCCGGUACCGGUCCAAACUGUUAAUCCCACAGCUCAGGGUGUGCCGCCAGCAGCAGCCAAUUUUGUUUUUAAUUAA